UGACCGCCCUCUGGCCCUCGCUCCAGCUCUUUGGAGGCCCUUGGGGUGGUCCUCGACCCCCCAAUCACCCCCUACAGCCCUGUGUGAAACAGGAUUUCCGGUCGCUAGCUGUGUUGGUAUUUAUGCCAGACUGCAGCUCUCGAGCCCCCUCCGCGCAGCAGAUUAUUGGACCGAACCAUUGCCGCAUUUCGGGGUUUAGCACCUGUCACAUGAUGCUCUCAUUUGCGCAAACCAGCGCUAACCGCCGCAGCGAGUGAGUCUACUUUACGUCUGGGCGGACGUAUAUCGGCCGCCAGAAAGCAGCUGUCUCAGGGAUGAGGGGCCGGACCGCUCCGACACCCCCUUUGUACGGCUGGCAGCAUCACCCGCUGCCUGCAAUGGCGUUGGAGCGGCUCUGCUGAGCGGGUCCGUCCGGGACUAUUUACAAGCAGCAUACAGCUCAGGGAUGUUGUUUUGGAUGUUUGUUUUUUUACCGACAUCAUCCUUAGAUUUCACCCAGCUCACCCUCUGGUGCGGUUUUAUUCCCACUGACGCGCGAAGCCUCAGAUAUGCACGUGCGACUGGGUCUGAGAGACGAGUAGACUUCUGAGUCCCACGUUCUAACCAGGUCACAGCGAUGCCGACAUUCUGCCUAGACCCAAAGACAUCAUCAUGCUGAAGACGGAGGCUUCGGGGGAGAGAACUAGCUUCCGGAGUGCCUCCCCCCAUCGUAAUGCCUACCGGGCUGAGUUUCAGGCCAUCAAGAGGGCCUUUGACCAGCCUCGGACUGAUGGAGACUCAAAGCCCAAAGACCUGGAGCGGGGUAAACAACCAAGGGGACGCCAGUACGGGGCCCAUGUCAGCCGCAUUAAGGACAUGUUCAUGCAGAUGGGCUCGGACAACGCAGCAGCCAAGGCUAAGAGUAGCGACGAGCCCUCACCACAGAAGCUGGUGAAGCCAACCAACUUCAUCAACAAGGCUGAUGGCUCAGUCAUUAAGCUCCAACACUCUUCAUCAGCCGAGAGGGUCGGAGGUGCCAGGGCCAAGUUCUCAGAGACCAGGAAGCUGUUUGAACAGCAGUCACGUGACCAGUCCCAGUCUCCCGUCUUUCCUUAUGGACGUGAUAAACGGGGCUCUCACGAACACUUGGAUGACUGGAGAGGGGCGAGGUCCAACAGAGGCAGCACCGACUCUCUGGACUCCCUGUGCUCCAGAACGGACGCGUCCUCGCCAACUGUCAGUCAGCUCAGUGCGGUUUUUGAAAAUGCUGACCACCACAAUCAGAGCGUUCCCUACCGAGGAGUCAGCAGACGAGCCCUCUACUCUCCAGAUGGGUCUUACCGCCAGGGAGGAGAUGUCAGUGAGGACGAGUCAAGACAAUCGCCAAUUCGUGGAAACUACCAAAACAAGAUAGGGGGCAAGUUCCCGGUAUCUUCGUCCUCUGAGGACGUCUUGAGUCCUAGUCCCAGAACAGAAACUUCAGAACCUCCAAAAGAUGCUCCAGAAGACGUGAAAGCCCAAGACGACGAGGCUCCGAGACAGACUUUGUCUGGGGUCACCACUAAUGAAAGCCAGGUUAAUGGUUCCUGUGAGGAAGAGGAGAAACCUUCAGACCAUCUGAAUCAUACAGAGGAUCAAGGAGUCACCAGAACCUCCAAACGGGUGCAUAGUGCUGUCAUACCCAGCAAAGCUAUUGAAGAUGCCAAUCAUGAGAUGUCCUCAACAGCCCCUCAAGCCGGGGACAGAAAAGAUGACACAGACACCCCAAAGCAGGAAAAGCUCUCUGCAUCAACCGAGGACCAGAGAGAAGAACCCGAGGAGGAGUACACUGGAAAUGAGCGGGUGAUUUUUAACGCCGACGGGGACGCCUGUUACCAGGGCUGGGGCGAAAGCUGCACCGAUCCUGAGGAUGACCUCUACGGUGAUGACGAGGACAUCGUUUACGAUCCGGGCUCGGAUCUGACGGAGAUCCCUGGCCUGCCAGUGGAAAGCAGGGAGGACAUCCCGCCAAAGAGGAAGAUUCGCUUUAGCACUGCUCCCAUCAUCGUUUUCAACACCUACUCCAAUGAGGACUAUGACCGCCGUAAUGAGGAAGUAGAUCCCGUGGCUUCCUCCGCGGAGUACGAGCUGGAGAAGAGGGUGGAGAAACUGGAGCUCUUCCCUGUGGAAUUGGAGAAAGAUGACGACGGCUUGGGUAUCAGCAUCAUCGGAAUGGGAGUCGGGGCUGACGCAGGUUUGGAAAAACUCGGAAUCUUCGUCAAGACGGUGAUCGAGGGUGGAGCUGCUGAGAGGGACGGCAGGAUCAAGGUGAAUGACCAGAUUGUGGAGGUGGACGGGACCAGUCUGGUGGGCGUCACUCAGAGCUUUGCUGCCUCUGUCCUCAGGAACACGUCCGGAGUGGUUCGGUUUGUGAUUGGCCGAGAGCGCCCGGGUCAGCAGAGUGAGGUGGCCACUCUCAUCCAGCAGACCCUGGAGCAGGAGAGGAGGCAGCGAGAGCUCCUGGAGCAGCAGUACGCCCACUACGACGCAGACGAUGACGAGCAGACGGGCGAGUACGCCACGGAUGAGGAGGAGACGGAAACGACGGAGGGAGGCGAGAAGAGCAUCGAGGUGUUCGACCUGCCGGAGAACGAAGACAUCCUGUCUCCAUCAGAGUUAGACGCCACUAAGCUCUACCAGAAGUUCAGAGAGCUCCAGAUCAAACACACGGUGACCGAGGCUGAGAUCCAGAAGCUAAAAAGCAAGCUGGCGUCUGUGGAGAAGGAGAAACAGCGCUGGGAGAAGGAGAAGAGCCAGCUGAAGGCCAGCAUUGAGGAGAACAAGGAGAGGAUGCUGAAGCUGGAGAGUUACUGGAUCGAGGCGCAGACGCUCUGCCACACCGUCAACGAGCAUCUGAAGGAGGCCCAGGCCCAGUACCAGGCUCUGGAGAAGAAGUACAACAAGGCCAAGAAGCUCAUCAAGGACUUCCAGCAGAAAGAGGUGGAGUUCAUCCAGAAGGAAGAUGCAGAGAGGAGGCGGCUGGAGGAGGCUGAGAAAGCUCACCUGGCUGAGAUCCACGGACUGCAAGUCAGGAUCGCAGUGCUGGAGUCUGAGUUAAUGCAGCUGAUGAAGCAGAACGGCAUCCAGGUCAACAACAACAACAGCAACAGCUCAGAGAGGCUCGGCGUUCAGCAGCACAGCCCCAGCAGAGCUGCAGCAACACCACCAGACACCAGAUGUCCUCACCCCCCUGACCAACAGGAGGACCACAGAGACGCCAGCAGCUCCUCCCGGGGACAGGUCUGGGUUGGUGGUGAUGGAGCAGCGACCAGCGUUGAAGCUGCAGGUGGAGCCGAAUGUUCCCCGAGGAAAACCCUGCAGGACUCUCCUGCCAAGUCCAGUCCAUCCCACGGACAAGCACUGCAUUCUGGAAAAACAUAUUUGUCUCGUCAACACAAGUUUAGACUGAAUCCAAAGGAAAUUCAAAUUUCCCAGCUUCCACCCAGCAUUCAAACGCACCAUGUCAGGUGUCAUCAAUCAGUCAGCUCCACAGAACCGCCAGCAAGCGAGAGUCCAAAGAGAAGCAAGGCCAAGGCUCCGACUCUGAGGGACGACCUGAGCGCCAGCAGCAGCAGCAGCUCGGUGGAGAUCAGCAGCCUGAUCAGUGCAGCCAAGACAUCGGGAUGCUCACACACCCUGGUGCUGUCCUCUAACGAGAGUCUGGAUAUGAUCGAUGACGAGAGCUGGAACUCUGAUCCCUCCAGAGCUGGAAUCCAGCACCCACGUUUUGGAAUUACUCCUCGAUCUCGCAGCGGCCUUAAUACUGUCAGUUUGCAUCAUUCUAUUUUAGUUGAUGGACUUGAAUCAUGGGUGGAUGUUUCUGGGACCCAACUCAGCUGGUUCACUUCUCACCUCUCUGGCCGCUGCUUUCGAGUUAGCAUGGAUGACUUCUCCUCUGGCUCUGCUCCUCUUCCCGUUGAGAGCAGGCGGUUUGGACCCAAAAUGCAGAAAUCCAGACAACUCAGGCAGGAGCGAUUGAAUAAACGAAAAAAUCAUUUUAUUAGGAUGAUGAGUAAUUUCCAAAGGCAGGAAGCCAAGCCAAAAAUCUAGGAACACUGAAUUACAAAAACAAAAGUUUGUUUAUGAGCAAGGACCUGGAGUUACUAGAGGAGGGCAGAACAACGCUGACAAAGACAGUGGACCAACAAACACUGAGGGACAAGACAGGGUUUUUAACACUUGGGGGGAGCAAUCAGGGGAACAGGUGACAGGUGUGAGGAGUGAGAGUGAGGUCUGGAGGGAAGACAGGUGCCAUUAAUAAACUAAAUGGGAAAAGAACUUAAGCAGAGGGGAAGGUAAACCAUAAUCCUAAAGACAAAGGGCAAAGAUAAGCAACUAAUGACUAGAGGGGUGAGGAGGACUAAUACAAACCAAUAAGAACUACACGGGAGUGACUAGGAGGAAACAUGAGGGAAGUCUAGAGGGAGCUGGAGAACACAAGGAGACACACAGAGCACAAGGGGACACAUGAGGGGAACGCAGAGGAUGAACAGGAAGGGGCUGGGGACCAAGGGGACACAGAACAUGACACCCUGGGGCAUCCCCCAGGGCCCUAUCCUUGGACAACGGCUUUUUUCUGAUAUACUUGUUUUCCCUGGGGAGGAUUCUGACUAAGCACCAGAUCAGUUAUCACCUUUGUGCUGAUGACUGCCAGCUCUACAUCACACUCAACCAUCACGAUUCCUCCAAUAAGUUUGCGGACUGCCUAGAUGAGAUUACAGGCUGGCUGGCAGCAAAUGCUGUGAAACUCAACAAGAGUAAGACUGACUUGAUCGUCUUCAACACUUAACAUCCCUCUCACCCACUAAGCACUCCUUCACUACCCUCUUUAUCUAUUAAAACCUGUCUCACAAGCCUGAGGGGUUACUUUAGAUUCUGACUCAACAACGUUGCUCCAAAUUAACGCUACCCUGAGAUCCUGUUUUUAUCAACUUCGCCGUAUAACACAACUAAGGCCUAUUCUAAAGAGACCUCACCUAGAGUCAGUCAUCCACACUUUCAUCACAUUUCGCUUGGACUAUGCUAACCCUAUCCUGACCGGGGCAAAUGCCUCCUGCCUUAACCAGCUUCAAACAGUCCAAAAUGUGGCUGCUAGGUUUCUCACAAACAGUGAUCAAUGCUGUCAUAUCCCCCCACCCUCGCCAGUCUACACUGGAUUCCAGUGCAAUACAAGAUUACAUUUAAUAUUCUCACCUUUAAUGUUUUAAAUGGUUCUUCCCUUCUGUAUCUCUGUGACUUGCUCAAGCCUUACACCCCAGCACGCUCCCUCCCAUCUGCUGACCUCGGCCUCCUUAUGGUGCCAAGGAGGUCUUUCAAAUCUCGUGGGGAGCGAGCUUUCUCUCACACAGCCCCCAAACUAUGGAACACACUACCCCUGUACAUCCGGAUGGCACAAUCAAUAAACCCAUUUAAAACACAACUAAAAAUUGACUACUUCAGCGUCUUCAAACUGCCACUUUCUCCCUUUCCUUCUUUACGUUCCCUGUUGUCAUAGCCUUCCCUACCCUUAGUCUUUUAUCUUUGGCUAUUAAAUGUUCUUAUUUCUACUGAAAUGCUUGCUUUAUUGUAUUGUCCACUCUGUGUUCUGUUUUUUUGUUGUAUGUACAAGCAUAGACUUGACUAUCACUUCUGUAAUAGUUUAGCCUUGUAUGUACAGCACUUGGGUCGGCUGCAACGCUGUUUUAAAACAUGCUCGAUGAAUGGAUGAUGCCCAGUUGUACGUCUGAGGCCCUUUUUCUUGUUUUGUUGUCUUUCUCAUGGAU